CUAUCGCUUGAACCCUGAAGGUUUGAAAUCGUUAACUAUUCAUGCCGGUACAAAUCUGCUAAGCGAAGAUGGUACUGUCUACAAAGUUAAACAAGCCAUUGCUCACGAGGAUUUCGAUAGGGUUAGAUUAGUCAAUGACAUCGGUUUACUUAUUCUGUCGACUCCAAUUAAAUAUACCAAAUAUAUACAGCCCAUAUCACUUGCAACUACCGACAUUGCUCCCAGUGGCUCUUCCUGCAUCUUAUCUGGAUGGGGAAGAAUUAAGGGUGGUGGUGCGAUUCCUGACAAGUUACAAGAGAUUGAGUUAAAUGUUUAUGACCUAGCUAAAUGUCAACAAAGACAGAGGAGGGUACAAUCUAGUCACAUUUGCACACUCACCAGAACAGGCGAAGGCGCGUGUCACGGAGAUUCGGGUGGUCCUCUUGUUUCUAAUGGUGUUCAGAUCGGUAUUGUCUCUUUUGGUACACCAUGUGCUCGGGGAUAUCCCGAUGUAUUCACUAGAGUGACCUCUUUCACGAAAUGGAUCCAAAAAUAUACUGUCGAAUAAUAGAACAAAACAAAAUAUAUCUUCAUUUAUUACAUG